CACCCAGGGAUCUCUGUGGUAACAGAACUGCAACUUUCAGACAUAAGUGAUGACGUAGGUACUUGCUGGCGUGAGCUGGGACCAAAGCUUGAUAUCCCUGCAGCAAAGAUCCAAAACCUGGAUAACGAUUAUUGCUGUAGUCGCGACAAAGCAAACGCCUUACUCCUCUUGUGGAAACAGAAAGAAGGGAGAAAUGCAUCGGUAGGGUGUCUGGCGGAUGCUUUAGUAAGCAUUGGGAAAAAAUGCAUUGCAGAAAAGCUUCUUGGUAAGUAGGUAUACUUGGUAAGAUGAGUGAGUGGUCUGUGAAGAUUGCUGCCAAAAUGCGUAUACAACCGAAAAGCCGGAUGAAUAACUACACGAUGAAGUCUUGGAAACAGUGGACAUUGUCACAAUAUUUCGCAAUCGAUUUCGAUUUCCGUAGUUUCCCUGUCUGAUCUUAACAUAAAGGCGGAAUGUGAUAGUUCUGCCGAUACCCUCCCCCCUUGAGCGUUUGGAGAAGGCUGUUGCGAACAUAUGUUUUUAUAGCACCCGUGGAUCUAAAGUAUUUUACUCGUCCUUAUCUCAACACACCUACUGAUUAAUAAGAACGCGAUUACUAUUUCGGGGAUUUUGCAGUUCUUGAUAGAACAAUUGACAACUUGGUGUUGAAAGUGACUCUGGAUUGUAAUGAUUUUGACGACCUUUACCAAGAAACUCGCACCACUCAAGACUAAAAUCAAACGGGACUUGUAGACCCGCGCUUUAAGUAUUUUGCGUGUUUAUGCUUUGUGCACUCAUUGGCUCCUGACCACUGAUAUUUGCCUUUGUUCUAAUUGGCAGUUGGUACAACUCUGGGUGUGAUUUUACGAGACUCAAUCGUAAAAGUGCUCUAUAAAUUUUCCAGCGACCCUAUCAUCCGGAUUGUGUGUAAUCAUGAUUGUUGAAAAUUGGUUGUUUAAAGAAAAGGGUUGCUAAGUUAAGUAAUUGCUCUCUUGCAAGGAAUAAAAAUCUUUCCCUAACUACGGAUAUUCUAAAUGGUGACAUUAGUGACAUUAGUUUAUUGGUAUCGUUUGUUCUGGGGCUGCUGAGGGGGAGGGGGGGGGUGAUGAAGCUUCGAACUGAUCGAGUUUAACCUAUAAUAAGUUCUUCUCAAUAUAAAUGUUACUGUUUAGGACUGGAUGGUCCGGAGGGCAAUGUUAUCAGGUUAAUAGUUAUUCAUAGCUUGGGUAAAGGGCUUGAUGAGGUAAGUAAUUAACAACACGUAUUCUACAAUAAGCUUCGAAAUACGUAAUUUUCACCAAAACAGUACACAUAAUUCGUUACAAAAAAGUUAUAUUUCAUUUCCAAGCUAUUGACUGGUACGUGUGCCCUUGAUUUCUCCAUAGCUAAUCGCUUCAAUUGUUCUAAUGUUUAGGACUCGUGAUUUUCUGGACUUAGCUUUACUAUCAACCACUCUUUACAAGUAAAGUAAAAAAAAUUGUGUUGGUUUAGCACACAUUUUUCUUAAAAUAAGUUUCGUAAAUAAGUUCAAAUUUGUUUCCAAACAACUAUUUGUUCUUUUUUUUUAGCUUUUGAUGUGCGAAGAUGCUCAGGGAAAUAAGUACACGGUGAAGGCAUUCAACAGCAGUGACAAUUUUUUGAAAUUGGAAGAGGUAACUUCUUCACCUAUCCCAUUUAUCCAAAUAGAAUGUUCGAAUGAGUAUUUAGAAAAACGCACCCUGUGAUUCAGGGUACAUCUUCGAAAAUUAUUUAGUAGUUUUAAUUCAGUUUUUUCACCCAGUUGUAUUUCAUUUGUUUUAAAAGACACUUUUGAGCAAGAGAUUUUUAGAAACUAUUGUUGCGGCGAGACAGGAAAGUCUAACGCGUUACAUUUCAUCAAAGCAUCAGGACCUAAGGCUCCAAAUGCAGAAAGGGCCACUGGCUUGUGGAAAUGUAGUUGAGAUAGAUGGGAUUAAAGAUGCUUCCAAAGACAAAAAAGAGCCAACAAGCAGUUUAUUAAAUGAAGAGGUGAAGCCACCAAACGAUGAAAGCGUGGAAAAAUUGCUACAGUCAUGUGAAGAACAUAGAAACUUUUUCCAGAGAAUGUUUGACGUUCUUAUCAAGCUGACUGCCGAGGUGGGGCAACAGAGUGAAGAUAAUGUAAAUCUGAUUCAACCACUUUCGGACUUUACCAUGGAACUCCGGCAGGAAAAAAUAACACUUUUCUCCAAGAUCGAGUCGGUACCUACUCAGAGCCAACUUUCGGACGAGCAGCACGUGGAUCGAGCUGAAAAAUUACACAAAUGGAAAAGGCGUCAUGAAGUGCGAUUCAAGGAAGUUGAAAAGCUGAUGUCAGUAAUACAUCAAAAGACAACUGAGGGAGAGCCGAAUAAUAGAGGAAGGCUGGUAAUUUCUAAUAGACUAAUAUUUUUUUACUUUAAUUACUUAAUAUCUCUUGCAAAUUGUAUUUGAAUUGUUAAAAGCUCAGUGGGGGUGUUUCAUGAAACAAUGAUUUAGAUCGAAGGAGAGAUAAACCCAGGUUUUGACGUCCAAAUAACAUUACAGAUAAAACUUUGUGCGACCGACCAAACAGGGGCCUUGGUAGUCCAUAAUUGUUGGAAGUCUUAUGUCAGUCUUCAAGUUUCUAAUUGAAUUCUGCCUCAGGUUUUUUUUCAUUGAGCUCAAACGAGCGGGAAGAAUCUUAUCAUCAAUGAUUUUAUAAAUUUUCUCCUCUUUCUUGACUAUUUCUGUUUGUAUGUUCUCUCUUCUACAUUUUGUUGUCUCUUUUUUGUAACGUUCUCUCAUUAGAACUCUGUGCCAGAAUGCAGCUCAAGAUCUCUGUCAGGACUCGGAGAGAUGGUAAGGAAAUUUUAGUUUAAUCUGAGAUUAUCUUAACACAGAUCACUGGACUGAAUCAAACUGCAGAUAAGUAACUGACUACGCCACAAUCAUGGUAAAUAUGACCUACUAUAAUUACAAUAAGCUCAACAUAUCUUAGAUCUAAUUCGCUCAUUCAUAUUACCUUUGUCGACUGUUUUCAGGAACGUAGCUAAAUGUUUAUGUUUAGAUUUAAUUCUAUCUUUUUUUUGCAGGGUUCCAGACGUUAUUCAGAAAGUGACAAAUCAAAAAAGAUCAAAAUGAAGGUAUGAUGUAAUCGUUAUUUAAAUACCACUAUCAAACUAAGAACCUAAGAAAAAUUUGGAAAUGUUUGGCUGUCUUCUCCGCUGGAAGUGAAGCACGAACAGAACUUUUCUAUGACCCAACAACGCAAAAUUGGCCAGCGCUGGGACGAAAAUUGAUUUUAACAUGAAAACGAAUAAUUUAUUACAAAUAUUAAAGAUCAAAAAUGAAAUGCGGGACAUUCAGCUCUGGGAGGCCACCCUACGUACUUAUAAAUAAUCCACACAAAGCUCUACCUUAACAUGACAAUAUUAUUAUUAUUAUUAUUAUUAUUAUAUUUUAUAUGUAUUCUUACAGCCUUAUACACUUCUUCCUUUCUUUAUUGUGUCUGGUCUUACUUUUUUAUUAUUUCUUCAGUCCUGGUUGCACUGUGAUAAUAUUAUCUUCUCCAGAAAAAACAAUGUCAUCGACACUAAUUACAAUGCAGUUUUCUUUCUUUUUGCUCCUCAUGUUUCAAGAAUCCCUUUUCGAGGCGGGGAUCGGAAGACAAAUAACUUCGCAUCCUUUUCUCAUCUCAAAACCAUCCAGCGAAUUUCAACUUUCAACUUUAUUUGCACCAUUCAGAUGAAUUAAUGUUACAAAUACAGCAUGCCGAGGCUCCGAGUCAGCGAUGAAGAAUACAAAACCAAAUUCGGGAGCAGGAGUCAACACAAAAGAACUCAUGAACUGACAUUGCUAACAACGGAAAAAUCGAUUAGAAUAACCUCUUUUUUAGGAAGCCCUCUGCAAAGAUAUUGAAAGGAGCACACUGACAACCUCAUUUUUGAUCAUCGUUCAUUUUAUUGUCAUAUUUAGUAGACCAUCUGUUUAUUUGAAAAAUAUAAUGUAAGAAAAUAUGAAUCUCAAUUACCAACGGUAGAAAGUUCUUGUUCGCCUUGAUAUGAAGGUGAAUUGCCAAAGUUAUAAUUGCCAGGUUGAAGAUGAACAAAAAUUCGUAAGCAUAUGACAAACUAUUUAGGUAAUCAGCUUUAGUAUUUUCUUUAGAUUAUGGGACGGUUUGAGGAUUCACGAUACAUUAGGAGAGAACUCUUGUAUACUUGGAUGGUAUUUUUUUUCUUUUCUUUAUUGAUUAUCAAUUAUAAUUACAUAAAAUACAUUACAAGUUUAUUAGCUUUAUUAGUGAAAUACCAUAUUCUCACUCGAAUAAAGUUCAUGUACGUAUGUGUGCGUAUGAAUUCAAAAUUUUUCAUGCCCUGGAGAUGAAAUGAAAAAUUACUGUUGUGCUCUAAACUUGAUUUCGCUUACAUAUUUUUAUAACACAUCAAUAACCAACAAAUAUCUGAUUUUAAAAAAAAAACUUUCCGUCGAUGUUUACGCCAUCACCAGAAUAACAUCGAGAGAGACUCGUAGACGAAAAAAAAUUACGAGUUUUAUCUUUCCAGGAGUGAUCUUAGCUAAUUUUUACAUGUAGAAGUUAGCUGCCGCUCCACAGACAAUAUUAGCUCAUACAAUGAAGAUUUUAUGUCUUUUAAGCCACUUCCGUUUUUUGGUUGUUGAUUUGCUUUCUUAGUACGAUUUCAUUUUUCUGAACUUGACCAAUUUGAAAAAAAGGAUUAUUUUGUGCGUGUGUAGAGCCCUUCGAUUUAUCUGAAAACGGUGCCGAGGCGCCAAUGGCCGAGAAAACUGAUGGGCUUCGGGAACGAAAAUGUUUUAAAUACAUAAUUUUAUUCAAAUUUUUUUUCUAAGUGAAAGGGUUGAAGAUUUAUAAAGUGGCUAAUAUGCAAUUAACAUCGUUUACACGAUUAGGGUGCUCUAUACACAAUUAACAUAUUUUGAUAUAAUUAUCCUUACCAUCAUGGUUUCCUGAACAAUUACGAAAGGGUUUCUUGGUGUUCCUGUGCAUACAAAAUUCCGUUAUGUUAUGUGAUGUUUGCUCCUUAAUAUAAUUGCAAUUAGUUAAAAUAACAUUAAAUUGAAAAUAAAUUGACAUUGCAUUUAUACAAGCCAGAGGGGCAAUUUAAAAAAUACUAGUUGUGAUUGGUCAAUUAGGAUUAGUUAUGGUCUAACGGAAUAUCUCAGUGUGAUAGAUUAAUAACAUGUUGCGUGUUGGAUGCUUUCAACUUGAGGUUGAAUACCUUUAACUCCGUAAGACAUCACGAACAUUCAAGCGAAUCUGAUGUGGUUUACGGUGGUUUACAAAAAUAACGGGGAGACAAACGAAGCACCCAAGGAAGUAUGCGUUCACACUCGGUCGGAAGAGGCUGCUCAAAUAGAUGAAAUAACUUGUACAAUCAGCACCGACGACGUGCCCGAACCUGACGGAGCGACACCCUUAAACAAUGGCACUGACUCACGGGAGGACGGCAGAACUUCGCUUCAGAGACAGAAAACGGGAGCCCAUGACGGGGAGAAUGAAUCCUUGGACAUGAAGAAAACAAAGCUGAAUGAACGUGAAUCGGAGCGAUGUGUUGAAAUGAGAGGUAAUUAAUAUCACAAUACAAGUAAAAAUACGUAGUUGGUCGUGCUUAUAAUAAUCAAAACAUGUCGCAAGAGCAAUGAGGGCUUUUAUGUAUAUUCCUGCCUAAUACCAAACCGUAAUUUCAACCCCCUAACAAUUGAAGUUACUCACUAAAUAUUUUGCGAGUCAAACAACUCGCUUUUUUUGCACUAUGAACACUUUUGGAACUUUCUGAAAUCUCCUUGUUUAUUAUUUAAGUCUGUUAUCAGUUUGAUGACUCAUUAAAUAACUAGCAGUCGUCAAUUAUUUAAACUGUUUGGAAGCCAGCCUUUUAAUUUACGGUAAACUGAGUACUAAGUCUUAUGAUACUAAUUUCUUGAUAGGUUUGUCCAUAUUUUGGGUAAAGUACAACCCUUUCAGUAUUUUGAGUAUAUCUUAGGACGUAUGUCAAUUCGGUUAAUAUUUUGAAAUCUCCUGUGUGUCAUCUUUAUUCAUCAGCUCGAGGUUAUAUCGUGAGUAAACCGACAAUGUCUGAACGUUAAGUUGUUUCCUUAGAGACUUUAUCAUGAAUAUUCCUCUGUUAAUGGUAUGAAGUAUGAAUAUGGCGCUGUUUUUACCUUGAAAUAUUUCCCAAAUGCUUUGUGAAUAAUUAAUAGAACAGUCGAAUGAAGUAAAAAAUAUCUGAAGCAUAAACCUGAAAGAUGCUGCAAUUUACGUGGGAUCAAGUUUCUAAACCCCAGUCAAAUAAGAGGAUCGAGAUAAGAUUGGAAUUCUUGUUCUCAUGCUCUUUCCUUGUAAUUUAUUCUACACCUGCUUAAUCCAAUCUCAAUCUCAAAUGAGAGCUUUAUAAUUUCUGCUAGACCCAUCGCGCUAAACAUUCUUUAAAUUUAUUUGAUAUCAUCAUUGAUUUCUAUAAAAUUUGACUGUUACGUUGACAGUUCAGUUGUUCUUAAGUUAUGUUUUCCUAACACAAGUGGAAGCUGAUGGGUUACACUAGAUCCUUAUGUAGCGACAGGAAAUGCAAACGAAACAUUCAUUUCAGUCAUUCAAAUGAAAAGGGAAGAGGAGAGCGAGACAUUUAAGAAUAAAAAUUCUUACAAUUUAGCAUUUUAACGCUCCAGAGCACACACAAACAUGGGCUGCUCAGCCUAUUGAUCUACUUUCUUCGGCGUGAACAGAUCCCGUUCUUCACCAAUACCUUUCGAACGCUUUACCAACUGGCUCUUGAAAAAAGUUUCAGAGUUUUAACUCAGAUCUGGUCGCUCCUUACUGCAAAGAAAAAAGAAAAAUUCGAAAUAGCAAAUGGAUAAUGAUAUGCAGGUAUAUAUCUAGAUACAUGCUGUGUUCAAAGGCUCAAUAUGAAAUCAGAAAAAGCUGGUGACUAUUAUUCCUUCAACUCUUAAGGCGACAAACAUCUAAUUUCUCCUCACAAUACCACCCUUGAAUCAAUCAUUAAGGUCAUGAGAAUAAAGGAAUGAUCACCAACUAAAGAAGCUGUUGAUGGUUAAUGAAGCAAGCAUCUUAGGAAAUGUAUGGAGAACAGUAUGGCCAGUAUGCAUAUUGAUGUUAGGGUUUACUGAAAGGGUUAAACCAUGUGCAGGAACUUUACAGGUCCACCCUAAUUACAUUCCUCAGUUUCAAAUUUCAUUUGAGACUUUACCCCGAAUACCUCAAGAAACUAUUUUUUCAAUUAUCCGCUCGUGGAGUUUAAUCCUUUAAACCUUGUUUUCUAUACACAGCAAAAACUAUCGAUCGCAGAAGGUGUUUAGUAACAGAAAUGCAACUUGCAAGUAUCAGUGAAGACGUCGGAAAUUUUUGGCGCGAGCUAGGACCAGUACUGGGAAUUCCUUCAUCAAAAAUCCAAAACCUGGACGAAGAUUGCAGAACUAAUUGGGACAAAGCAUUUUCCCUUCUCAUUUUGUGGAAACAGAGAGGAGGAAAGUGCGCAACAGCAGGAAUUCUUUCGGAUGCUUUGGAGAGAAUUGGAAGAAAAACUAUCGCGGAUAGAGUGCUUGGUGGGUGGCUGAUGUAUUUGGAUUAA